CCCCUAUACCCCCUCUCAAAGUCCCCAUAGCGCCCUAUACGGGCCCUACAGCCCCUCCGGUAUCCCACCGACGGACCUGUACUCCCCUGUAGAGGCCCUAUAGAGUCCCAUACAUUCCCUACAGCCCUCCCCGUAUCCCUCCGCCGGGCCUAUAGCUCCCUAUACCCCCUCCUCCGGCCCCUAUAGUUUCCCCUGUAGCCCUUCCCGUAUCCCUCCGCCGGGCCUAUAGUAACCUAUACCCUCACCCAAGGCUCCUAUAACCCUCCCCGCCUUUUUAGUCCCCUAUAUACCCCCCACGAGACCUCUAUAGCCCCCUAUAGGGCUCCCAUAGCCCCUAUAGCCCAUCCCCAGCCCAUUGCAGCCGCCCCCCGUACCCGUCCGCCCCCCCGGGGACUACUUUUCCUUAAGGAAACCGGUCCCUACAGCCACCCCCGGCCCCUAUAGCCCCCCCCCGCCCCUUAUAGGUCUCCUAUAGGUCCCCUAAAGGGCCCCCCCAGGAGCAGCCGAUGUCGGACUCGGGGCAGAGCCCGGCCCCGGGCGGGCGGCGCCGCUGGGCCCGCGAGAAGGAACCGGAAGUGGAGCGACGGGAGGCGGGCGGGGAGGAGGCGGGGGGGCUGCUGCCGAAGACCCCCAUCAUCCUGGCCAAGCCCCCCGGGGAGAGGCUGCCCUCAAAGGCAGGUCCCGGCCCGGCCCCACCCCCGCCCGCCCCCCCCAUCGUGCUGAUGAAGGCGCGGGGGGGGGAGGAGGGAGGAGGGGGAGGGGCGGGGCGGGGCGGGGCCGGGGCCGCCGGAGGAGGAGGAGGAGGAGGAGGGGGCGUGGCCGGCGGGGGGGAGGGGCCGUCGCUGGCCCCGCCCCGCGAGCGGGAAGGGCCCCGCCCCACCCAGCCUGUCUACCAAUUGCACGGCAGGGGGCUGCCCCCCCCCGGCGGGCUCGACCCGGUGGCAGGCCAGGCCCGGCUGGCAGCUCCUGAGAAGAUGAAAACCAGCAUCAAACUGGUGGACGAGCAGAUGAACUGGUGUGACAGCGCCCUGGAGUUCCUGCUGGAGCAGACGGACGUGCUGGUGGUGGGGGCGCUGGGGCUGCAGGGCACCGGGAAGUCCACCCUCCUCUCCCUGCUGGCCACCAACCAGCCCGAGGAGGACCCGCGGUCCUUCGUGUUCCCGCCGCAGGCGCCGGAGCUGCGGGAGCGGGGGGGGGCGCAGACGGGCGGCAUCGACUUCUUCAUCACGCAGGAGCGCGUCGUCUUCCUCGACACCCAGCCCAUCCUCAGCCCCGCCCUCCUCGACCACCUCAUUAACAACGAGCGGAAGCUGCCCCCCGAGUACAGCCUGCCCCACACCUACGUGGAGAUGCAGUCGCUGCAGAUCGCCGCCUUCCUCUUCACCGUCUGCCACGUGGUGCUGCUGGUGCAGGACUGGUUCACCGACCCCGGCCUCUACCGGUUCCUGCAGACGGCGGAGAUGGUGAAACCCCCCACGCCGUCCCCCGGCCACGAGCCCAGCGGCGCCACCGGCCCCGAGGAGCCCUCGGAGUAUUACCCCCAGCUGGUGUUUGUGCAGACCCGGGCCCGCCCCGAGUCCUUCUCCCCACGGCGUGUGGGGCAGAUGCAGCAGGUGCUGGGGCGGCUCAUGGCCCACUCCCACCUCCGGAUCCGCGGGUCGCUGUCGAUGCGGGAGCUGGUGCCGGGGCUCCCCCCGGGGCCCCCCGAGGCCGACAUCAACCUCUUCCUCCUGCCCCCCAUGGAGGGGGAGGGGGGCGACGACCCCCCCCCCGCGCCCCGGGGGUGGGGGAGGGGCGCUGUUCCCGCUGCUCCCCCCAUUCCGGGGUCCCGGAGCCUUCGGGCCCCUCCUGGCCCGGCUGCGGGGGAGGGUCCUGGCGGCCGCCCGCGCCCAGCUCUCCCACAGCCUGCUCACCGAGAGGAACUGGUUCCACUACGCCGCCCGCAUCUGGGACGGGGUGAAGAAAUCCUCGGCGCUGGCGGAGUACGGCCGCCUGCUGGGCUGAGGCCCCAAUAAAGCCUAAUUAGCACUAAUUAACCUCCACGGCCCUUCAUUAACACCCCCA